AUGCGCAGCUUCUUGCAUUUGUGCCUGCUGCCCGUGGCACAACUCUUGCGUCUUCAGGCCCAGCAGGGCUCCGUGUGCGUGGAACACUGCCCUUCUGGGCUCAGCUGCAGCUGCCUGGCACUGAAUCGGGGCCUUCGUGUGUGCGAGCCUACAGGCUUCCUGGCGCCGCCCCCCGCGGCGCAGCGCUGGGAGCGCCAGGGUCUCAGCUGCGACGUGCGGCUGCCGCAGGGCGCGCGGCCCAUGGCGCCGCCUCCUGUGGUGGGACUCGGUGCCGUGGUGGACCCCCGAGAGGAGCCGGAGUUGAGGACCUGGGCUCAGGAGGUUGGCCAAGGUUUCUACUCCCAGUACUUCCUGGUGCACCACCAUGAUGGCACUUCACUGGGGGUUCCCAUCCUUGCUGGUGCUGAUGUGCAUCGCGAGUACCUUGAGACGGUGUCGAGCACACUGGAGCACAUGUUAUUGAGGCUGGUGGACCAGGAGGUCCUGGCGAACUUGUCGCAUGUGGGCGUUCGGUUCCUCAUUGCUGGGGAAGAGUCGCAUGGUGAGGAUCCGUGGCUGAAGCAUCCAGAGGUGAGCCGCCGCUUUGUGACGGGUCUCGGCGGCGGUGCUCCUUGGUUCCCGUCGACCGGGGUCUAUGAGGGCGAGAGCCAAGUGACGGUCUUGGAGGAGAUGCUGCACACCAUCCAGUACUGUGCACUCUCCCCCAGGAGAGUUUGCAUGUACCACAAGGCGUACCAGCAGGCCAUGGAACAGCAGCUCUAUACCACGGACGACUCAGGGUCGGAGGUGGAUGGUGAGCCGGUGCCCACCCUACAGGCAGAUGAAUACCUGGCCAUGGCCAUGCAUCGCUGGUUCGGGAGUGGCGAUGGGAGUGAGGAGUACAAGGUGCCGGGCAACACGAACGCCAGCACGGGCCGCCAAGCCCUGCGCGCGCGCGACGCGAACGCCUUCUGCGUGCUGAGCACGCUCUUCCGCGCGGACGACGCCUGGAACCCGGAGGAGCGGCGACGCCCAUGGGAUCGCUGGCCCAACGUGGCAAUGGACCGGGAGGAGGUGAAGGUGCUGUGUGAACCGGUGCUGGAGGCCUUGGGUCGUGGCUGCCCGGACAGCAGCACGCAUUGGCCCACGGAGCGGCCGUUGGGUGAUGUCUCCGAUUGUGGCCUUGCCGCCGUCCUGGAUGAUCCAAGAGGCGGCCAAAGCGGCGCAGGAGGCUGUGGAGGAUUCUUCUUCGCGCUGUCGCGGUGUUGGGAGCUGUGGAGGCGUGGAUUUCAGGCCAAGAUCGCCUGGUCCGGUCGGCUCAGCGACCUUCGGAACCCAAGAGGUUUGGUGAGGCCCGACGGCGUCCAGGAUGGGGCGUUGGACAUUGUGGUGCGCCGAAGCGCCCGGGGAGCCCAGAGAGACGAAACGCGGUUUCCGCUCCGGCGGACGCGGUUUCCUCCCCCGAAGUGUUGGCUUUCGCCGAAGCUGGAGGUCUUGGGUCCUCAAGAGAUCUGCGUUGGCUGCGCAGUGCAGUUGGAGGCGGACCUGUCAGAGGCCAAGACCAGCUACGAGGCCACAAAGUGCGUGGUGGUGGGCGCUCCAAUGCAACAGGUGCCACAGGCAGGGAGGGCAGAUGUGGAGGCUGCCAAGGAUGCGCUGGCUGCGGUGGAUGCUAUGGUGGAAACUGCUGUGGCUGCCAGGGUUGCCAAGGAUGCCAGGGGUGCCAGGGGUGCCAAGGCUGUUGCGGAGGCUGCGGUUGUCAAGGCUGCGGCUGCCAAGGCUGCGGCUGUCAAGGCUGCGGCUGUCAAGGUUGUGGCUGCAUGGGCAACAACAUGGGUUGCCAGGGAUGUGGCUGUGGCGGCUGUGGAUAUGGCUGUGCUACGACCUCCAGCUAUGGCAAGGAACGAUCCGUGCGAGAACCUGUUCAUCACGGGCUUGCCUGCAGAGAUUGAUGAGAAGCAGCUGCGCGAGUUGUUCACCUUCUACGGCACUGUGGUCCGCUGCAAGGUGCUGCCCAACAAUGGGAUGCAAGACCGCGCCGGGCUGGUCGAGAUGAUCGACGUGGGACAGGCUGCGUGGAUCGUGCAGAACCUCAACGGGAACGUGCCGGCAGGCCUCACAAACCCCAUUAAGGUGGUCUUCUCCCAGUCACGCGGGAAGUCUCAGUACCAGCAGGGUCCAUACGACCAACAGCAGGAGCCCCAGGACGUGAAAGGUUUGGAGAUCAAGAUGGCGACGCACACCAACGAUGCGGGCAACAAGAUUUGGGUGGGCCAGAUCCCCUUGGGCACCCACAAGGACGUGAUUUGGCACGAGUUCACGAAGUAUGGGCCUGUCCAGGAUGUCUACCUUCGGGAUGAUGGCAAAGUGUACGGGCGGAUGUGCCUCGGGUUCCAACGGAGAAAACCCGGAUGGAUCUGUGCGUUCGCCUUCCGCCUGCGGGAUGGGCCCAUAGGCAGAUCCGAAGAAAAGGAGGGACUUCAGAUGGAAGUCUGGGAGUCUGGCAGAUCCGAGUCUUGA